AUGACAAGCGACUCUGAUGGAGUCGACGAUCUCUUCAAAAUAAAGAUUGACAAAGGCAACAAGCAUAAACGAUUCUUUGAAAAAGGGCUCAAUGCACUCUUAGCCGACCCACGCUUUUUGCUUCUCUACGUGCCAGAAAAUGAUGGCAAGAUGAAAGUUAUACGACCUGCCAACGAUGCAUAUCAUCAAGAACGCAUAAAAAGAAAGAUUAACGAAUCGAAAGACAUCCCAUCGUUUUACUAUACGCUGUCGCAUCUUUGGGGAAUGGAACUCUCCUCAGAAGACAGCCAAUAUUAUUGGGAUGAAAUCAAGGACUACGUGGAUGACGAAGAAGGAUGUCCUAUGGAACCAGUUUCGGUGCGACCAGAAAAACGCGUUUCAUUACUUUUAUUGCUCAAGGAUCAUCCUGGCAGUUAUUGGUGGAUCGACACCUUGUGUGCACGUACGGAUACGUCAUUGGAUAUAACGGGCGACAUUUAUUCUUGUUGUCUUGAAUGUAUUGUACUGCUCGAUUGUGGCCCUUCAUUGAUACCAGAGCUCUUUCCACUAAUGGAAGAGGGGCUAUUUUCAGACGAAGACCACCAAUAUCGUUUUCGAAAGCUAACCCACUUGGUGUCCCUACUAUCCGAUUUGAAGCAAUGCCAAUGGUGGAAUCUUUUGCGGACUUGGCAAGAGAUAGUUCUACCUUUUGGAGAGGUGCGUUUAAUGGCGGAAACGGUCACUCAUCAAACUCAAAGCAGCACAAUCACUGUGGAUGAUCUACUGAACAAGUUUGGAGACGUGCCAUACCUUACGUUAAAUUUUGAGAGACGAUGUGCUGGACAUAUUGGUCCCUCAAGAAGGAUGUUUUUAUCGGAAUUAAACGAUUGGAUGCGCGAGAUAUCGUAUGCUAGAAAAUUCAGCAAGCAACGUAUCGGAAUUCAGACAUCAAGGGAGUUCUACAACCUGAUUGAGGCAUUGGCUAAUUGCCGUAGGGCUUGUAUGAACCCUGUGGAUUAUGUUUAUGGUGUCCUCGGGAUGUUCCAAAUCAGCAUGCCAAGGAUGAGCGAUCCAGUUAGAGUAUGGCGGCUUUUCUUGUCCAAGCUUGAUUCUUAUAUGGAUAUGUAUGGUCUGAGGUCCAUGGCAACUUUCGAUUAUGUAUUGUAUAUGACAAUUAGUGAUGGUGCACACCAGCUUGAUUUAGAGAAAGCUGAGAAUACUGCUGAUGUAUACAGACACCUACUGAAUUUGAGGAAUUGA